CGGAACCAUUGCGACGCCCUUUUCCCAGAGUAUCGCAACCACCCACCGACAGCACCACCCCCCCACGCCAUCACGAUGGCUUCCGAACUCAGCAAGAAGCGCAAGCUCAAGGACGCCAAGAUUGCGACCGAAGAUGGUGCCGCCACCGACAAGAAGACCAAGAAGGUGAAGAAGGACAAGAAGGAGAAGAAGGCCGCCGAAGAGGUCGUCGAGGACACCACCCCCGAGGAGGAGAACGAUGCCCAAAAGGCGGAGGAACAACAAGAUGGCGACGAGGUCAUCCCCACCGGCAACGAGGACAAGGAGGACAGCGACGACAAGGACGCUGAGGCCGGCGACGAACUUACAAAGACCAACGACUCCCUCAUCGCCCCGUCCAUCGCGACCAAUGCCACCGACUUCUCCGAGCUCAACCUGUCCGACAAGACCAUGAAGGCCAUUGCUGAGAUGGGCUUCACCAAGAUGACCGAGAUCCAGAGGAGAGGUAUCCCGCCUCUGCUCGCCGGCAAGGACGUCCUCGGUGCGGCCAAGACCGGUUCCGGCAAGACCCUCGCUUUCCUCAUUCCCGCCAUCGAGAUGCUCAGCUCCCUGCGCUUCAAGCCGAGAAACGGUACCGGCGCCAUCGUUGUUACGCCUACCCGCGAAUUGGCCCUCCAGAUCUUCGGCGUCGCCCGCGAGCUCAUGAAGAACCACUCCCAAACAUACGGCGUCGUCAUUGGUGGUGCCAACCGUCGUGCUGAGGCCGAGAAGCUGGGCAAGGGCGUCAACCUGCUCAUUGCUACCCCCGGUCGUCUGCUCGAUCACCUGCAAAACACUCCCUUUGUGUUCAAGAACAUGCGAUCGCUCAUCAUCGACGAGGCCGACCGUAUUCUCGAGAUUGGUUUCGAGGACGAAAUGCGCCAGAUUAUCAAGAUUCUGCCCAAGGAGGACCGUCAGACCAUGCUCUUCUCCGCCACACAAACCACCAAGGUCGAGGAUCUCGCCCGUAUCUCGCUCCGUCCCGGUCCUCUUUACGUCAACGUCGAUGAGGAGAAGCAGUUCAGCACGGUCGAGGGUCUGGACCAAGGCUACGUUGUUGUCGACGCCGACAAGCGCUUCCUGCUCCUCUUCUCUUUCCUCAAGAAGAUGCAGAAGAAGAAGGUCAUUGUCUUCUUCUCGUCCUGCAACUCGGUCAAGUACUACUCCGAACUGCUCCAGUACAUCGAUCUCCAGGUUCUCGAUCUCCACGGCAAGCAGAAGCAGCAGAAGCGCACAAACACCUUUUUCGAAUUCUGCAACGCCAAGCAGGGCACCCUCAUCUGCACGGACGUUGCCGCUCGUGGUCUCGAUAUCCCGGCCGUUGACUGGAUCGUCCAGUUCGAUCCUCCUGAUGACCCGCGCGACUACAUUCACCGCGUCGGUCGUACCGCCCGUGGUAACAACACCAAGGGCCGUUCGCUGCUCUUCCUCCAGCCCAACGAGUUGGGUUUCCUCGCCCAUCUCAAGGCCGCCAAGGUCCCCGUGGUGGAAUACGACUUCCCCAAGAGCAAGAUUCUCAACGUUCAGUCCCAGCUGGAGAAGCUGAUCGGCCAGAACUACUACCUUAACCAGAGUGCCAAGGAUGGUUACAGGUCGUAUCUCCACGCCUACGCUUCGCACAGUUUGCGGUCGGUGUUUGAUAUCCAUAAGCUUGACUUGGUCAAGGUGGCCAAGUCCUUCGGCUUCUCCACUCCUCCCAGGGUAGACAUCACCCUGGCCUCCAGCAUGUCGCGUGACAAGAAGCAGACGAGCAGGAGAGCGUAUGGUAGCCAACCGAAGCAGAACCGCCACUAAGCGAGGCGGGAUUCGGUGUUCGUCUUGUUGUUGUUGUUGUUGGUUAGAAUACGAAAAGGGGAUGAUUUGUCAAUGUUCUCUCUUAGAUAUCCAUCGGGCAUUCGGUGUGGAGCAUAGUGGUGUUUUCUUUUGUGUUGCUCACUUGCUGUUGUUUCUUGUUGUUGUUUGCGCAAGCUUCCAAGGCGUUUUUGGUUGAAAAGUAAAACUGGGGGGCUUCAAAUCAACAAUUAAUUCUUACU